CUACUGCGCUGCACUCAAAGCGGCGUUCUGGAUGUCCUUUUCUCGUGCAUGGCGCACGUCCAUUCUCCGCCAUACUAGCCGAGCGCAAACAGCCGCUACCGUCGACCGCUACGAUGCUAUUCGUGCAUUUUUUGCCAGGCAGCAGUCUCUAACUCCGCAGACUCUACAUGGGUUGUCAGCUUCGCGGAAUUCAUCGACAACAUUGAUAAGUGCAUCUUAUACUCUGCGGCGCUUCUGCAACACGUCUGGUAGCAAAACUCAAAGCAAAGCCGACCAACCUCAUGCAAAGGACACCCGCGGCGCCUCCGCCUCGCCUCGCACACCCGCAUCUUCUGAUGAAGACAUAUCAGACGACCUGGGUCCUCGAAGACUUGAGAACUAUCCGCGACUCUUUCGAAGGCUUGCUAUGUCGUUACCGCAUCUGCAUCGACCGACUCGCGACGACUUCCUGAAUGCCGCUACUGGCUUCUGGCAGCGUCUUCGCAUACGCUUCAAAUGGCUUACUAUUCGUUCUUUCCGCAAGUACAAUGCAGAUGAGAUCUCUGCGUUCAUAACGUGGUUCUUCAUGAGUCAGACGUUAUGGCUUUUCGUUGGAACCACGACCUUCUUUUCAGUUGUGUUUGCCACCGCCAAUAGUCUGCGUUUGCAAGAGAACAUUGCUCGCGCCAUCAGCGACUAUCUGACCGCUGAGACCGGCACCACGAUCAUCUUCGAGUCAGCUAUAGUCCCCAAAUGGAAGGACUCGCGUAUAUCAUUCAAGAACGUUUAUGUUAUCCGCGGUCCUGGCGGUGCCGAAAUCGCUAGAAAGCGUCUGUCGGCUAUGUCUAACGCGGGACAUAAGGUGGCGGCGGGCUACGACGUCAGCAAUCAUCCCUCGUUCCAUCACACAGGUGAUGAAGACGACGAAGGGCACGUAAUAGUGCAUACCGACGAAGACCUGAACUACGCUAUGUUUGAUCUUAGCGUAGAUUCCAUUGACGUGACCUUGUCCUUUGCAAGGUGGUUCGAAGGCAAAGGCCUUAUUGUCGACGCGGUCGUCAAGGGUGUCAGAGGCGUGUUAGAUCGCCGUUCAGUGACAUGGGAUCCCGACAACCCGCUUGACCCUGCUUCGUUCCGUCACGAGUCGCAACCUGGCGACUUCGAGCUUGAGUCUUUGCAAUUGGAGGAUGUUCUGAUCACCGUGUACCAGCCUGGCGGCUUCCGGCCGUACACGGCAUCGAUCUUCCGCGCAGAUAUGCACACUUUCCGGAAGCAGUGGUUGUUCUACGACUUCCUCUCUGCAGAGAACGUUGUUGGUCAAUUUGACAACUGCCUGUUCAGCUUGCACCGUCCGCAGAGCAUCGGGCGUACGACAGACCAGGAUCUCAAGGACGGGCAGUGGGCGCGUAUGUCUCGCUUCCGAAUGGACGGGUUAAACGUCGAUCACCUGCAGGCCAUGACCACUGCCGAGGGCCCUAUUUCCUGGAUAACUUCGGGUAAGGUCGACGCAGUGCUCGACAUCAAGUUCCCGCGCGAUCCGCAAGGUGACCUUGCCCUGAAUGCCCUCCUGGGCGAGCUCGCAGACGCGAUCUCGUCCGCGGCGGAGCGCAUCCCCGGGCAACGCGAGCUGGCUAAACCUCCGCUGAGCGCACCGUCGGAUAAUGACCGGAUGGAAGAAACGGAGCCGCAGGUGGUCAUCGACAUCGACCUGCGUUUCCGCGACCUUAAGGCCGCAGUGCCCAUCUUCACGAACGAUCUGAGCUAUGUGAAUAAUGCGCUGAUCAGGCCGAUCGUUGCCUUCAUGAACGCAAACCGGACGCUGGUCCCUAUACGGUGUCGGGUAGUGAAGCCGCUCUGCGACUUUGAGGGUUCAUGGACACUUUGGGAAACUGGUCUCAUGGACGAGAUCGCUCUCAAGGUUUACGAAGCGAUGGCGUAUCACGUCGCACAGGCGAACUUCAACCGCCGGAUCAAGUAUGUCGGCACUUGGAGCUUGCAGAUGACAGCAAGUGCCAUCAUGAAUGCGCUGCGGACGCUUGUGGAUCCUAUGGCAGCACAUCUACGCGAUCUGUACGACACCGGAUUCCCACACGAGGCCCUCUUCUAUGGUCUCGGCGAGCCCUUGCCCGCAUGAGUGUUCACCUACGCGUUAUGGCAGUUCAGCAUUCAGGACUCCUCUAUGCAGGGACAAAAGUACUAUAUAGAGCUACUAGUAAACCGUUACGACUUUCAUGACACC